UUUAGUGUACCCCUCCCCUGUUAGUUACGUUAUUAGUGUUCUAAUUGUGACAUGCGUAGAAGCUUCGAUCACAGGGAAAACAAAAUGGCGACCGGGAUCAACUCUCUCCGGCGUCUGUACUUAAACGGCAUUAAAACACACGGAAAGCUGUUAGCUCGGGUUCUUGGUCCUAAUGUUACAGCGCAACACCAACCACGCAGAAAUCUCUCGGUCCAUGAACAUCACAGCAUGAAAAUCCUCCAAGAUGCCGGGAUCCUGACGCCGAAAGGAGGCGUGGCGAGGACUGCAGAGCAGGCUUAUGAGAUUGCAACCGUCCUUGGUGAAAGUGAAGUUGAAGGGGAUAUGGUUGUCAAAGCGCAAGUUCUGGCUGGUGGUCGAGGGAAAGGCAAGUUCGAAGGUGGCCUCAAAGGCGGAGUCAGAAUUGUAUUCUCAGCUGAUGAAGCCAAGGAAGUUGCUUCUCGUAUGAUCGGCAAGAAAUUAUUUACAAAGCAAACUGGGGAACUAGGAAGAGUAUGUAAUGAAGUCUUCGUCUGUGAGCGAUUAUAUGCAAGAAGAGAAUACUAUUUUGCUCUGGCAUUGGAAAGAAAAUAUCAGGGUCCAGUCUUAGUUGGCAGCCAGCAGGGAGGUGUCGACAUAGAAUCGGUUGCCAAGGAGACACCUGAUGCCAUUAUCAAACAACCAGUAGACAUCAUUUCAGGCUUAAAGAUUGACGAGGCCCGCACAUUUGCUAGGAGGAUGGGGUUCUCUCCAUCAUGUGUUGACCAAGCAGCUGACUGGAUGAUGAGAAUGUAUGACAUCUUCAUGUCAAGAGAUGCUGUCUUGCUGGAGAUUAACCCCAUGUCCGAAGACCUGCUAGGCAGAGUUGUGUGCAUGGAUUGCAAGCUGUUAUUUGAUGACAAUGCAAGCUAUCGCCAGCAAGAGGUCUUUGACCUUCGUGACUGGUCCCAAGAUGACCCAAGAGAAGUAGAGGCAGCCAAACACAACCUUAACUACAUUGGGCUUGAUGGGAGUAUUGGAUGUUUGGUCAAUGGUGCUGGUCUUGCCAUGGCCACCAUGGAUAUCAUCCAACUGCAUGGCGGCGAGCCUGCAAACUUCCUGGAUAUUGGUGGUGGUGCGAGCAUUGAGCAGGUGGAGGCCGCAUUCAAGAUUAUCACAGAGGAUAGCAAGGUUCACGCUAUCUUGGUCAACAUCUUUGGCGGCAUCAUGAGGUGUGACAUCAUCGCUGAGGGAAUCAUCGCAGCAGCCAAGGAGCUUAAUCUAUCCAUCCCUAUUGUUGUACGCUUACAAGGGACUCGUGUCGAGGAUGCCAAAGCGCUCAUUGCAGCCAGCGGUCUUCGUAUCAUUGCAUGUGAUGACUUGGAGGAUGCUGCAGAGAUGGUCGUCCGAGUGUCGAAUAUUAUCGAACUGGCUCGCCAAGUUGAUCUAAAAGUCAAAUUUGAGCUUCCUAUUUAAACUACAGAAUAAAUCAGGAUCGCUGACUGUAGCUAUGUAAAUUUAACUCAAAUACUGGACCAACAGUCCCGGACAAUCACGGCAACAAAAUGUGUAUUUAAUUUUAUUGGAAGAAAUAUCCGAUCGAGAUUUUUAAUGCUGGCAACGCAUAUCCCCAUAUGCGCCUGAAUAGAUUUCAUUUUGUAUUUUGAGCAAUGUGGAAUGGGAGACAGUCGAAUGAACGGACGGAUGUAAGGCAUGAUUUUAUAGUACAGAAUGGGUGUUUUGUAAUAAAUGUAACACUAUUCUGCUAAA